AUGCCAUCCGGCCACAAGGCUUUCUUAGUCAAGAACGUCAAGGACUUAGAUGUUUUAUUAUUACACUCUAAGACUUACGCUGCUGAAAUUUCCCACAAUGUUUCUGCCAGAAACAGAGUUGAAAUUGUUGCUAAGGCUAAGAAGCUUGGUGUUAAGGUCACUAACCCAAAGGGUAGAGUUGCUUUAGAAGCUUAA